AUCUCAGAGCUCCUCAUUCCCCAUUGUCUCUGCCCAGGCUGGUGUUUCCUCGCUGGAGGAAGAGCAAGGAGAAGGAGGACAUCAUCUCCAAGGAAUAUGUCAUGAGCACAAAGCAGUUCCACUUUGGACCGCUGCUUUGUGGCAAGUCAGGAGAGUGGUACAAGGCACAGAACUGCCCCGGCAACAGCGAAAAGUUAACCAUCCUCAACGACUCCCCCAUGGAGGCAGAGGUGCAUUUCUCCUUUGAGAACGACAGCAAAGGAGAGACGUUCCUUUUGGACCCUCCCAGCAUGAGGCUGCAGCCCAAAGAGAAGAAGAAGCUGAGUAUUUGGGCGUACCCGACUUCUGCUGGCCUCCUGGAAGACAGUCUCGUCUACUGCAUCAAGGACAACCCAGAGCCAGUGGUCUUCCGACUGUGCUGCCAAGGGGUGCACGUGAAGCUGGGGGUCAGUCCCCAGGAGCUGCAUUUCAACAAGCUGCUUCUGCACAGGACUGACACCCAGACCCUGGUCCUGAGAAACGACAGCCCACUGCCCAUGGCAUGGCAUCUCAGUGGACUGGACGACCGUGGAGAUGAGUUCUCUGCAUCGCAAGGCAGGGACAUCGUUGGGCCCUGCACAGACUUUGAGGUGAAGCUGAAUUUCAAGGCCGAGAAGAUUGGCAUCACAAAUAAGAUGAUCCAACUAGAGGUUUCAGAUACAGAAAACAUCCUGGACAUUGUUCAGGCUGAAACCAUCAAAGUCUCUGUGGAGGUCUACGAUGUUAAUCUGAGCAUCAACAUGCCUGAAGUCAUCUGA